CAAAAGUUUUUUCACAAACUACAGAUAAGGUUGGGCUUGAUUUUAAGUGAAAUCACAUAUAUUUCUGUGUCAUCUCUUAAAUAUAAGUAAGUUGAUCAUACUAUCUGUUCUGUAAUUGGUUAUUUAGUUAGUGAUUUAGUGACUGUUUACAUAGAUAAGUGUGCGUGCAUUUCAGUGGAUUACCUAUAAUGCUGCUGUACAUAUAUAUCUUGUUAUUUAUAACAAAUGUAAAGGGAUCAGGAAGAACUCUUCAAUGCUUCCAGAAUGUUUACAGUAUAGCCAGUUUUAUUGGUCCGCAGUAUUCUGGAAAUGUGUAUUUCACAAAGCAUGGCUCAAGUCUCACAGUAACUGGAUAUUUAUCAGGUUUUCCGCGAAAUAAAUGGUUGGGUGUUCAUAUACAUGAAUAUGGUGCAUUAGGUAAUAAAUGUAAUGACGCCGGACCACAUUUUAAUCCGUUUAACAGUGACCAUGGUGGACUAACAGGUUCGCCAAGACAUCCUGGAGAUUUUGGAAAUCAUUAUGUCGAUCAAAAUGGUAUUUUGACUCUUGAUUUCGAUGUUGAUAUUUCUUCUAUUACUAAAUUUAAUGGAUUUCUUGGAAGAGCACUGGUUAUCCAUGAGAAAGAAGAUGACUUAGGCAGAAUGGAUGAUGAUGGAAGUCGCAAGACAGGCAAUUCCGGCAAACGUUUGACAUGUGCUGUAGUUGGUGUUUGGAAAGCUCCAUAAACUAAUUUUGGAUCAUUUUUCAUAUUUAUUUACAGUAAGACAAAUUCAAAACGAAUUGUUAUUUACCUAAAUCUUAUUCUAUCAAACUCUAGUGAUAUAUGGUUUUAAAAGUUUUUGUGUUGGUUCAUUCAUUUUUUGAGCAAAUCCAACUAGUAAUAAACGUUGGACAGUUGAUAGUAGCAAUAAAGUUAUUCCUAGUUUUAUUACACAUUAUUUAUGGUUGGUCUAGGGUUAGUGAGUACUGUGGAAGUAUUGAUAUUAUAUUCAUUUUGUUUCAGUUGUACUAUUUAAACUUGGAUUAAUUUUGAUUUGGUUAUUUUUUUCUGAAGAAGUGACUUACACUGAGUCACGAAACGUCAAAAAAUUUAAUUCUUCUACUCAUUGAGAUAUUACAAAUAUAUUAAUUUAUUUAUAACUCAUAUUACUGUUUUAAACUAUUUAGUAUGCAUCAUUUCCAAUUCUUAGAUGAAAAGCUGCUUCCUAAAAAUACUUUCUAGUAUUGUGAAUCAUUUCAAGUCACAUUUUUACUCAACGUGUUUUCAUAUUUUCAAUAAAAUUAGUUCAAUGUGACUUGUCUUUCAAAAACUGAACUCUGUAAAAAGAAACAAAAGACCACCUACUUCUAUAGCAUUCAAAGACGAUACCAUGAAAGAAGCUUAAAAUAAGUUAUUUGUUUAAUAUCAAUUGAAGUUCUUAUAGAGAUCCUGUUUAUUUUUAUUGAUUACUUUACGUGUAAAUAGUUAGAAACUUUAGAUGAACGGCUUGAUCAUAAAUUAUUGAUCUAACAAGGAAUUCAGCACAAAAAGACAUAUCUAGAUGUGUAACUGUAUUAAGGUAUCAAUGGAUGUGCAUAAUUACUGUUUUUUGUAAUUUAAUCUUAACG